AUGACUUCAACGUAUUUCCCAGCCGAGAAAUAUCUUUCUAGGAAGCAGGACGCUGUGAUUGUCGACGAAGACGUCAUUUAUUGGAAAAGACUGCAGGUUUUUCGUUUCCAAAUUGUUCGAUGCUUUUAUACUUUGCCAUUCAUGAACCAAUAAAAACUAUAUUUGUAGCAACUGGCGGUGUUCCAAGAGCCGAGCACGGUGAGCGCCGUGAAGGUGUCGCCGAAGAAGCCGUUCCACGUAGCCUGCACAAGUUCUGUUCGGUUAACGCUGUACAAUCGCCAACUCUGCGAACCUAUGAACUUAUUCAGCAGGUUUUUUUUUUCGAAGAAUCUAUUCAUCCCUGAAUGAUUCAGAUUCAAAAAGGCCGUCUUUUCCAUCGACUUCCGCACUGAUGGCCGCUUGCUUGGUUGAUAGGCGCUUUAUCGAGGAAUAAUACUUUUUUUUUUCAGCUAUCGGUGGAGAAGAAGGAAAAGUUCGCAUUUUCGACGUCGAAAACACAACAGGCAGUUCAAAAGUAAGCUUUGAUUUUAAAAACAGGAUUCUAUAAUUUUCAUAAGUUCCCAAACGGCAUAUUUCUACACUCUUAAAUUUCCAACAAAAAGAGCAGUUUUUCAUUUUUACUAAUAAUUUUUUGUGCGCUUUCGGCAAGUAAACUUCAUUCAAAGCUUUCUGAGGUUUUUUUUUUCUGACUUGUUUCAAGUUAUCAAAAAUCGACAUUGUGACUUUCAAGGCGCCUCUUCGAGUAAUGCAAGCCAGUCAGUCAAAUACCCGUUGUGUGCGGUUUUCCACUCGCGGUGACACAAUUUUCGCCAUGAACGAUGAAGGGUUUCUGAAGCAGUACGACGUGGCCGACACUGCCUAUGGGUUUCGACGAGUCUUUUAUGCCGAAAAAUUCGAAAAAUUUCAGCGUGAACGCCAAGCCGAUCUGGGAGCUCCAGGCACACGAGGACGCUGUCCGAUGUGGCGCCGUCGCGACGUUGAACGACAACGUCGUCUUGACUGGCGGGUACGAUCACAUGGUCUGUUUGUUUCUUCUAUAUUAGAGCUUGUCAAUUUCUUUGAUGAACCAAAAAAAAAUGGAAAAUUAAUUAUUGGGUCUUCAUAUUUUGAAAUGAUGUGUUUCCUCGUUAGUUAAAAGGUGAGGUUGCAACUAAAACAAUUUCAGGUGCGGAUAUGGGACACGAGAAGCCAAGAAAAAGGCUUGGAGUUGAACUGCGAACAACCUGUCGAAGCGGCUAUUUUCCUUCCGGGCGACCAGCUCAUCGCCACAGCUGCUGGUAACAUUGUCAAGUUUGUUUUUCGUUUAUCAGUCACAAAUGAUUUUCAACUCAGGUAUCGCAGACGUCUGUAAUUAAUUCAUAAAGAUGAGAAAAGAAACAACCACCUAUUGAAUAGUGUCGCUAAUAUUGCAAGAAAUUGUGAUGAUAGUAUGUUUUGAGAGGCAGCCUAGAAAUGAGAUUCAGAAAAUUCAUAAGUGAUACUCCUCACGACAAAAGAAUUAGAGAGGAAGUUUAAAUAAACAGUUGGAACGGGGAAAGGAGUUUAGAACUUUGUUCAAACCCUCAGCUUGCAGGAUUUGGGACUUGACAGCAGGUGGACGGCAGCUGGCGGCACUGCAGGCCCACUACAAGACAGUGACGUCAUUGUGUCUGGCGAAAAACGGGACUUGUCUCGUCACGGCCGGAAUCGACAGACGCGUCAACUUCUUCAGAACGACCAACUAUUCCCUGGUCGGUAUCCUUUUUUUCUUCGGAGCAACUUCUCUCCGACAGAUCCACUCGAUGUCGAUGCCGUCUCCAGUCCUUGCGUUAGACGUUUCGCCGGACGAUGAAUCGAUGGCCGUUGGAAUGGGCAACUUGCUUGGAAUCUAUCAACGGGCAAAACUGAAGAAGGUAUCAUACUUGCACAGAAAAAAACAGAAAGAUAGAGAGUACUUAAGAAAAAAAAAGUAAAAAAAAACAAAGAAAUCUUGAUCGAUAUCUUCAGGUUUGAAAACUUCAUAAACUUUGUAAUUUGGUAUGGGAAAGUGUCUUUUUCUCAUCAUUAUGGAAAAAUGAAUAUCAUUCAAAAAGAUGCCCUAGUACGACUUACCAAAAAGAUUAUGUUAAUUUUGCUCAUUGAGUUGAAUUCCGUUUAAUUUCACUCUACUCAAUUUUUGUAAAAAGAUUUUUACGUUUGUCUUAUGCAGUUAUCAGGUAGUUCUGUUUGACUGCAUCAAAGAGUAGAUCGUUCUUAGAAAACUACACCUUUCCCUUAUUUUUGAUGAAAUUAAAUUAUCGAGAGAUAGAGAGGACUGCUGCAGGAAGUAUUGGCUCACGCUGCAGCGACGAACAAGAAAGCCUUGGUCAGGACCAGUGCGCCGGCGGUGAAACUUCGAGAAAAAGGACAGCCGAAGGAGAAAGUCGAGGUGGUGGCCAAGUCGGAAGACAAGGUGCGCACCUGAGGGUCGAUAAAUUUUUCCAUAAUUGGAUCUCAGCUGAACUUGCCGCGAGUCGAUCGUCUCCUCAUGGGCUUCCAACACGCUGCUGCGGUUCGUCGCAUGUUCAAAAGUGAGUUAAAGUUUUUCUCUCCGUUCGAACUUUGAUUUUCUGGCAACCUAUCAUCUUCUUUGGAUCCAAGCGCGGUUGCUUACUUGAGAAUAAUUUUGGUCCGAAACGCGAUGAAAAGAGCUCUCGCCGGCCAAGAGCCAAUUGUUCAGAAGAACCUUCUAAAGUAAUGUUUGGAUUGUUUAAAAGUUCUUUCAUUGAAUAUGUUCAGAUUCCUGACGACCAAUAUGUUCAAAGAGGAGUAUUUCGACACCUUGCGACGUGUAGCCGAAGCAUUUUUCGGUUUGUUGCGAUUUUUCGGGGUUGUGCCAUGCUUUAAAAUAUAAUUUUGCUCCAAUCUCCUGCUUUUCAUCCCAAAAAAAUAAUCAGUCACUGAUUCGCAUGAUGUCUCCCCUCAAAAAAUUUGAUAAAUUUCUGAAAAAAAACGGUAUAAUCGAAAAAUUUGCAGAGGUGUACGCUGAGGAGCCAUUGGAAAAGGAAGUUCAGAGACAGAUGCUGCGUCUGCAGCAGGCCGUCAAGCGGGAGUUCGAAGUACAGAAGAUGCUGACAAAAUCGAUCGGCGCCCUCGAGAUGAUCGUCGCCGCCAGCAAGACCAACUUCGUUUGUCUUUCUUACUUUUAUCACUCCAAGAGUCACUGUGACUUGAACAUCCAAUCGCUGAAAAAAAAGAGAUAACACAAAUUUCGCAGAACAAGUCUGCGCCUAAUACAGAAAAAAAGAUCAAUAUUUUUUAGAAAAAGCUUAAUGAACUCGAGUCAGUAAAAUAUAUAGGUUUUUUUCAUCUUUUCAUCGAUUGGUUAGUUAACCUUAGUAACAUUAACUCAAACCAGUCUCAAUGAAUUUGUGGUGAUAUGAAAAAAACCGGCGAAUUUUUCGAACAGCGAUUUUUUUCGGAUUUUGUCAUAUCGCCUGAAACUUUCUGUCUGCAAAGUUUCCGACAAAUCCCUUUCCGAUUUUUUUCCCUUUUUAUUUUUUUCGUUUUAUAAAAGAUCUAUCAACAUUUAUUUUUGUGGUUUAAUCAUGAAUCAACUACUUUUUCAAAACGAAGAGUUUAUCGAGAAAAAAAGUCGGAAACUUCGCAGUCGGAAACCAUAGUAAUAAGAGAAAUGCCGCCGUUCGGAAAUGUCACUUAUUUGUAUUUUUAUACCACCUAGUUUGUAACUCAGGCUUGAAGGAGUUUAAUUUAAAUUUUUUUUUGUUUUUUUUGCUAUAAAAGAUUUAUCAACAAGUGCUUCCAAACGUUUGAGUGGCCAUAUUUUUUCUUCUUUUAGAUACGUUGAAGCAAGUGUGUAACUAUUGAUUUUAGAAAUUUGUAUUUGUGAUGUCUACGGUGAAAUUAUUUGAAAGAGUUCUUAACAUGAUCUCUCUGCAGAAGUCCGAUGUUCAAGAUCAGAUGGAUGACGUUUUUGGCGAGCCUCAGAUCUCGGCGGUUGAAGUUAGCCUUGAGCUUCAAGAUGAUGCCCUUGAACAAAAAAUCGAGUAG